UUGAACAGAGAGAAGCUGUCGCAGCCGCGGCGGAAAAACACGUUUUAACGGAUAUUUAAGUGGAGAUAAAACAGGUACAAACAGAACCAAAGUGGCGGGAGGGUCCACUGACUCGGGUCCGUCAGUUGGAGGCUUUGGGAACAUGGUGGAACAUACGCAGCAUGGCGGGUCCCGGGAGGCUGCCUCACCGUGCAGCCCCUCAUCGCUACAGACGGCCUCACCGUGCAGCUCCUCACCGCUACAGACGGCCUCACUGUGCAGCGCCUCACCGCUACAGACGGCCUCGGCGUGCUGCUCCGCAACGCUGAAACCAGACCGCUGGAAGACCGCCACGGGACACAUCAAGAGGCCGAUGAACGCCUUCAUGGUGUGGUCCAAGAUCGAGAGGAGGAAGAUCAUGGAUCAGUCCCCGGACCUGCACAACGCGGAGAUCUCCAAGCGGCUCGGGAAGCGCUGGAAGCUGCUCAGAGACUCCGAGAAGAUCCCGUUCAUCCGGGAGGCGGAGCGGCUCCGUCUGCAGCACAUGGCCCAACAUCCGGACUACAAGUACCGGCCCAGGAAGAAAGCCAGGACCGAGUGCUGUGCAGGAGCCUCUUCCCCGGAGAAAACAUCCACCGUGAGACCCACCGCCACCGCGAGACCCACCUUGAGAACCACCUCCACCGUGAGACCCACCUCCACCGACAAGAAGUUCGCCAGGUUGAAGCCCAGCAGCAGCAGGAGGCUGGUUCCGGUACUGGGGCAGCAGGACCCCCGGUACCGCUACGUGUUGACCAGCAGCUUCAAAGCCAGCAAGCUCGUUAAACGGGAGUUCACCGACUCCGAGGAGGAGGAGGAUGAAGAGGAGUUAAAGAGUGAAGAGGAGGAGGAGGAGGAGGAGGAGAGCGAGAGGCUCUUCUACAGCUUCAAGAACAUCACCCGGCAGCAGGGCUCCAUCCCCCGGCAGCAGGGCUCCAGCAGCCUGGCCUCCUCCUGCAGCAGCCCGGCCUCCUCCUGCAGUGCGGGAGAGGAGGAGCUCCACCUCAGGAACCUGGACGACCUCCCGCUCAGCCUGCUGGCUGGCCUGCACACCACCUCUGAUCCGUGGCCCCCAUCGGGCGCCUCUGGCCCCGCGAACCUCAGCAUCUCUCUGGUGGACCCUGACCUGGACUCAGAGGGAAGCCUCGGGUCCCACUUCGACUUCCCGGAUUACUGCACCCCCGAGCUCAGCGAGAUGAUCGCCGGCAGCUACUUCACCGACCUGGUGUUCACCUACUGACACCCCCCCCCACACACACACACACACACACACACACACACAGGACUGAUGAAAGAGUUUAAACCCAGAUCUGUGAAACCAAA